UGCGCAGGCGCGGCUCCUCCGUCCGAGCCUCCGGUUAGUUUUAAAGAAGAGCAGCAGAGCGACACCAUGAACCAAGUGGAUUCUGUCCAGCAGCAGCGGACUGGAAGUGUGUGUUUGGAGGAGAAAGUGCAGAAGAAACGCCUCCAUCAUCCGCAGGACGUCGUUCUGAAGCAAACCUCCGUGUCUCCUGCAGAUGUCUGCCAGAUUUUGGUGAUUAAAGAAGAAGUUCCCCGUGAAUGGAGCCCCAGUCUAAACCAGGAGGACCCAGAGUUCCUCCACAUAAAGGAGGAACAGGAGGAACUGUGGACCAGUCAGAAGGAAGAGCAGCUUAAUGGACAGGAGGGGACUGAUAUCAACAGGUUAACAUUCACUGCUGUUCCUGUGAAGAGUGAAGAUGAGGAAGAUAAACCUCAGUCCUCACGGCUUCAUCAGAGCCAAACUGAAGACAGCAGAGAGGAAACGAACAGCUCAGCUAAACGGGUGAAAACAGAAACUGAUGGAGACGACUGUGGAGGAGCAGAACCAGCCAGUAAUCAGGAUUUAAAAAGUCGUUUACAACCAAAUACUGAUGGAAAGGCUUCAGAAUCUUCUGAGACUGAAGUCAGUAAGGAUGAUGAUGAUGAGGAGGAGGAGGAGGAGAAGGAGGAGGAGGAGGAUGAUGGUGACUGGCAGGAACCUUUGUCAGAAUCUGGACCUGAAAGUGACGACAGUGACGGUGCUUGGACCAAGAGAAAAACACCUGAGUCUGGUAGUGAAGUUUGUGGUGAAAAACGUACACAACAGGGAUCUCCAAAGAAGCACAGGAGAGUUCACAUAGGAGGGAAAACCUUUAGUUGUGGUGUUUGUGGUAAAAAAUUCACACGACAAGGAGAUCUGAAGAGACACCUGAGGGUUCACACAGGAGAGAAACCCUUUGAUUGUAGUUUUUGUGGUAAAAGAUUUAGACAGCAGGGGGUACUGAAGAGCCACAUGAGAAUUCACACGGGUGAAAAACCAUUUAGUUGUGAUGUUUGUGGAAAAAGAUUUAUACAUCAGUCUAAUCUCAAAUCACACACCAGAGUCCACACAGGAGAAAAACCAUUUAUUUGUGGUAUUUGUGGUAAAAGAUUUACAGAGCAGGGAAGUCUGAAGAGACACAGAGGAGUCCACACAGGACAGAAACCAUUUGGUUGUGGCGUUUGUGGUAAAAAAUUUAGCCGGAAGACUCAUUUCAAGACACAUAUGACUGUCCACACAGGAGAAAAACCGUUUGAUUGUAGUUUUUGUGGGAAAAGGUUUAGCCAGAAGACACAUUACAAGAUUCACAUACGAGUCCACACAGGAGAGAAACCCUUUAGUUGUGAUGCUUGCGGAAAAAGAUUUAGACUCCAGUAUAAUUUGAAAAGACACAUGAGAGUCCACACGGGAGAAAAACCAUUUGGAUGUGAUGUUUGUGGCGAAAGAUUUACAGAACAGGGAAGUCUUAAACGGCACAGUGGAGUUCACACAGGGGAGAAACCAUUUAGUUGCGAUGAUUGUGGUAAAACGUUUAGUCGCAAUACGCAUCUGAAGAGACACAUGAGGGUUCACACAGGAGAGAGACCUUUUGGUUGUGAUGUUUGUGGAGAAAGAUUUACAGAACAAGGGGUUCUGAAGAGUCACAUGAGAGUCCACACAGGAGAGAAACCAUUCGGCUGCGACAUUUGCGGGAAAAGGUUUCGACAUCAAUAUACUCUUAAAAGACACACGAGUGUCCACACAGGAGAGAAACCAUUUUCCUGUGACAUUUGUGGGGAAAGAUUUACACGACAAGGAAAUCUGAAGAGACACAUGAGAGUCCAUACGUGAUAAAAACUGGACAAAUGCAGGGUUGAUUGGGAAGAUUUCAUUUCCUAAAUGCUGGCAAGAACCACAUUUUUAUUGUCUUUUAUUUUGAUUAUAUUUAUCUGUGUCUUGUAUAUAUUUUAAAAUAUGUUAAAAACAUUCCUUCAAUUUGUUUUGUCUUUGCCAAAAAAAUAUUGUCUUUAAAGGUUCUUUGACAUUAUGGAUUGAGGAUAUCUAGAGAGUCAAGGGCAGCUGCUUUUUUUCAGACUCAAACUGUGAAAACAAAGUGCCUUGUGUGUAUAAUGUAUGCUGGGUAGUUUGUCAGAAAUCCAUGGAGCGUUAAUUUAAUCCUUCCCUAAUCAGAGGGACGUAAACAAUAAAUGACAUUAAUUUAAACUUUCUUUCUAAAAAAAAAAAGUGAUUUUAUUGGGAAAAAGGGAAACGAAUCCUCUGAAGCCCAACCUGCAUAAAGUCCUGCACUUUUAAGGAAACAGCAGCAAGUUAGCAAGGGUUUCUGUGCAAAAAAGUAGAAUUUCCUAAUUAUGUAUUUUGACAGGAUGUCCAUAGGUGUUACAGAUUCAGGAAAACAUGCCAGACUGCAAGUAUUUAACUAUUCAUACUUGUGUUUUGUUUCCAUACUAUGUAUCUGCUCUGUGUGAUUACACUGCCUGCAGUUCAGCCAAAAAGUUUCUGAAUUUUUAUCAUGUGACUGUUGGUCACAGCUGCGUCAGUCAUAGCUGUUUGAUUGCACUGAUGAGCAGGAUUUUUUUUUUCUUUUUACAGAAUCUGGUUAGACAAAAUAGUUUAUUUUUGGUGAAUUUUUAAACUAGACAUGUGCAAUAAAGAGAUGUUGAAGUCAUUUUUGCAAUUAAACAAAAACAAACUGGGAUCCAGAGGGUAAAAAAAUGAAGGUAGCUCAUUUUAAUGUCAUGAAUGUUAUGAUUGCAAAAUAAACAUACAAGCUUUUAUCGAGCUAAAGCAA